GUUCCCAUCCGCCAAUAGCUAGGCAGACCUUCACUUCAACGUCAACAACCCGCCUUUUCCAAAGCAUUUUAGUUUGUAAAACUCAUUCAGAUAUGGCGACUUGCGAAAAGCCACUAAAUCAGCCGCGGAAAAAUGCGAAUACCACGUUUGCAGUGUCCAGUAUCACAGACUCCAGUAUUAUAGACUCCACCAUCGUGGAGGAAAAGUUUUUGCGCGAGGGGGAGAGGGACGAGGACAGCGACGACGGACCCGUGGUCUUCAUCUGCGGGAAGUGCAAGUUGCCCAUUGGAGAUUCAACAGCCUGGGAAGGAAGUGAAGACGGACAAAAUCAAAUCAAACUGAAGCGUGUCACCGACAACGUUGUGGUUGGAAAGGACUGUCACCUGUACGAAAUAAGCAAACGAGCUGUCUGUGUGAUCGUUGAUCUCUUCUGUCGAGGCUGCAACUCUGUCCUGGGCAUGGUUUACACAUCCACACCCAAGAACAUGGACCACAAGAGAUCGAUGUUCUGGUUCAGAGUGGCGGACAUCGACAGCUACGUGCUCGGCUCUGCAAGCCAGAGCCUGUCAGCAGAGGGCUCCGAGGAGCAGCCGGUGACGCUGGAGUACAGGGGCAUUGUUGAGGAACAGAUAACAGAGAUGAAAAUGCUGGUCAUGACCAUGGUGGAGCGGCUGGAAGUCGUCGAGGCCGACCUUCAGGCGGGGUGCGAUAAGGUGUGCAAAUGACGGACGUCAACUCGUCCGAACGCGAGGAUUUAACAUCCACACUUCUCCUCACCACCUUUUCCAUUAAUGCCUCCUCCUUUUAAGUCGCAUCUCAGCCGCAUUCCUUCAGUCGCACCAUGUGUCCUACACACCUAGACGCACACACGCACACACACACACAGCUCCCGCUCUGCUUUGUCCUGAUUACCAGUGGUGAAACAAAGACUGCCUGCACUUGUAAUCAAUCAUGUUGCCAGCUCUGCUCCCGCGGCUCAUGGCACCGUCUUCUCUGUAGGUCUGAGCGCAGAGUGAAUGUGUGCUAUGCGCAGAAUGUUUAUUUGUCCGGGAUUUCAUCAGGCAGGCUGCACACUCAGCACAAUGAUGUAUUGAUCCAUCCGGCCAUUCGAAAGCCACACACACACACACACGCGCACACACACACACACACUUUUUCUUUGUUCUCUUUCUGUGUCUUCUAAAGUGUGGAGGCUUGAAGGCAGACACAGGACUGCUGGUUAUAAGCUUUUCAUUUCAAGAACGUGUGUUGAAACAUGGUUUUCGUUUCUUUAAAAAUAAAAAGACUUUCAUUUUGUCUGUCUCACAAAUAGACACGAUAUUGGACAAUUCUUCAAAACUUUUUUUUUUUGGGAAAUUGCAUCCCUUCAUUUGUUGUUGUUGUUCGUAUUGAUUUAUUAUCGUUUUGUUUGUUUGUUGCGUUAAUCGUUUCUGUAAUAAAAACAUGCAACUGUUUAACAAC